AUGGAGAAUUCAGAAAAGACAAAUGAAGUGAUAGAAAACACCUUAUUAAUCACUUUAAAUCCUGCAAAAAAAGACCUAUAUUUAAUUAAUAGUGACGAAUCACAGACAUUUAGUUUGGAUAUGCUGGAAUUUUCAUUAUUUGAGCGAGUUAUUGCAUCUGAUAAUGAUGAUAAGGUAAUAAUUUAUCUAUAUCAAUCUUAUUUGCGAGUUUUGGAAGCGUCUAAAUCAAAUGGAUGUAAUGAAAUCUUGGACAAAAUUAAGGAACUAAUCUUUCGAAACAUCAGCACAAUAUUAAAACAACCAGAACUAAUUCCACUGCAGAAUCUGGAUAAACAGUUUUUAGACAUAUUCAAUGAUACAGAGAUGAAUGAGCGAUGCCAAUUUUUAUCAAUGUCAAUCAAAACUGCACUACAAGAUUGUGAUGAUGAUAUGAGGAAAAAUGUCAAUGAGAUUUUCUUUAAAUCAUUUGAUACGAUAUUAAAAAUGAUACGACAAGCAUCAAUGAUCACGUUAGACAAAUGGAUUUUAGAAUAUCUCAUGGCAUUUGUCAGUGAUAAAAACAAUUCAGAAGCAGCGAAUAUAUUACUUGACUAUAUAGCACUUCCUGAAAACACUGAAGGAAUCAAAUAUUCAGAAACUUUGUUAGGUCAGCUGUUAUGUCUCUCAAUAACACCAAAAAAUAAUAAUGGUCCAUACGAGUAUUAUGAUAAUUUAAACAGUACCAACUUACAAGCAUUAAAUAACCUGUCAUCUUCUCUUUGGAGUAAUCUAAAUUAUCUUCACGAGACUCUUUAUGCUCUAAUUAAAUGUAUUUUGGUGAUUGGUGGUGAAACGAGAGACAAAAUAUUGAAUUGGAUAGGACAUGCAAUAACAAAGAAUCAAAAACGAGGACAAAUUUGGAACCAACAUUCGUCGAUGGUUAUGGGAAAUUUUACUACAGCUCCGGAUAGUUUUAUGGUCGGUCUUAGUGCAGUUUUGCUGCGUCUAUGUUUGCCUUUAAUGAAGCCACAACUAAAAGUUUUGAUGGUUGAUCCAACAUACUGUGCUGUUAAAAAUGAUGAUACAACGAGUAAGCAAAUUCACAUGAAGGAUUAUGAUCAAGAAACAUGCUUAAUCCCUUUUGCUGAUGAAAAUGAAGAACGAAAUGCUGCACAAAAAUACAACUUUAUCACUGAGAUAUUCUUCAUGACUCACAAAUGCUUGGAUCUUUCAUAUAGAGUUUGCAUUGAAAAGGUCUCAAGAAUGAAUAGAGAAAUUCAUAGACUUCAACAAGCCUAUCAAGAUGCUGCACGAGGAGGCGGUGCAUCAGAUGUAACAGAAAAUAUCAUGAACAUGCUGACAAAGCAAUCACAAAUACUUUUGUGUACACAAAAUUUGAUAUUAGAACCGAAAAAUGAUGAACUCUUAUUGCAGUUUUAUGACGCAAGUGCAAUAUGGCUUAAUCAAUUAGCUUCGAAAUCAUCGAUUGUGAUGAAUGAUAGUGAUAAGGGCUAUGCACCCUUAAAAAUUCAAGAAUUCAAACUUCCACUUACAGCUGAUUCAAGUCCUUAUUUGAAAUAUGUUCCAGAAUUAAUAAUCGAAAAUAUAACUGGAUAUCUUCAGUUUAGUAAGCAUUUUGAAACAUCAUUUCGACAAUUUAAUCAAUCAAAAGAAAUCUUCUUGACUUUUUGUCUAAUUUUUAUGGGAAGUUCAAAACGUGCAAAAAAUCCACAUUUACGUGCUAAUCUAGCUGAGGCUUUAGAAUCAUUACUGCCGAAGGAAAAGAAUGGAUUUACAAUUGAUUCCCAAUUAUUCUAUCAACAUCCAGAUCGAUUACAAAUUGUCGAAAAUUUACUGGAUGUUUUUGUAAGCAUAGAAAUGACAGGACAAAGUGUUCAAUUUGAACAGAAAUUUAACUAUCGUCGACCUAUGUAUAUUAUCAUGCAAUAUUUAUGGAACAUUCCUGAGCAACGGGCUUGCUUCAAGAAACUAUCACUCACUGCUCAGCAAGAAAUUGACAAUGUUGAAGUGCCAUUGUUUCUACGCUUCAUUAAUGUCCUGAUUAACGAUUCGAUAUUCUUAUUGGACGAAAGUUUGAAUAAUUUACAAAAGAUACGUGAGCUAGAGGAAGCAAAGAAGAGAAAUGAAUGGGACAAUUUACCACAAAAUGAGAGACAACAAAAUCAUCAAAAUUUGACACAAUUAGGCAUGCUUGCACGUUUUGAUAACAUUCUAGGAAAAGACACAAUAAAUAUACUAAAACUCCUUACUUCCGAGACCAAAGAAAUAUUUAUUCAUCCCUCAAUGGUCGAUAGAGUAACAUCUAUGCUCAAUUAUUUCCUACUUCAGCUAUGCGGUCCAAAUCAGAAGCGCUUCAAGGUUCAAAAUAAACAGGAAUUUGAUUUCGAUCCAGCACAUACAGUGAAAGAAAUUUGUUCCAUUUAUUUAAAUCUUAAGGACCGUGAAGAAUUUAUUGUUGCUAUCACACAAGACGGUCGUUCAUAUUCAUCUGAUUUAUUCAGAUAUGCCGAAAACACCUUAAUUAAGAUAAGUGGAGGUCAAAUGAUAUCAGACAUUAUUGAGCUGGCUGAGAAUGUUAGGAAGAUCGAAGAAAAACAAAAGGAAAAUGAUGAAGCGCUAAUUAAUCCUCCAGACGAAUUUUUAGAUCCAAUUCUUUCGAUUUUAAUGCGUGAACCAGUCAUUUUGCCAUCUUCACGUGUUACUGUCGAUAAAACUACCAUAAGCCGUCAUUUACUUUCCGAUCAGAGCGAUCCUUUCAAUAGAUCUCCACUGUCGAUGGACCAAUUAAUUCCUGACAACGAAUUGAAGCAGAAAAUUGAUGAGUGGGUUAAAGAUAGACUUGAAAAGUAUAAAUCUGGAUCCAGUGAAUAA